GUUUGCAGGGCGCUUUCGUGGCCGUUUGACAUUUCCGCGGAGGUAGUGUCGUCAUAGUUGAACAUCACUCGGGCAAAUGAAGAGAAGACUCCGGAAAUAGAAGCAGAAACGUGUUUUUUGAAGGGCAGCUAAAAAAAUUCACAAGCCUAGCUGAACCAAUCCUAUCAACAGAGAUUAAUUUAGAGAUUUAGAUAUGAACAGAUUGCCGGUGCACAACGCGUUGAAGUCGUUGUCUUGGCUGGAAGGUACCUGGAGGACCGAGGUACCCGGAGAAGGUAAAUUUCCUACUAUAAAACCCUUCGGGUACCUUGAAGAAAUAAAGUUCACGUCGAUAGGACAGCCGAUGCUGAAUUACGAGGCCCAGAGCUGGCAUCCGGAAAAGAAAAAUCCAAUGCACAGAGAAGUUGGCUUCUUGAAAAUUAUUCCGGGGACCAAUAAAGUUAAAUUGAUCUUGUCGCAUAAUUUUGGGCUGGCUACUAUCGAGGAAGGCGUUGUUGAUAGGCUGAAUAUUAAAUUAGACAGUACUUCGGUCUGUAGAGUUACUGAGGGUACUAAAGAUCCAGCUGUCACUCGAAUAAAAAGAGAAUUUAUUAGAAAAGAAAAUAGCUUGGAGCAAGUAAUCUACAUGACAACAUCAAACACUCAAGAAUUAACAGAACACUUGCGUGCAACUUACAUAAAAAUAGAUUAAAGAGUUAAUUGGUGAUAAAAUAAAUGAAUAAUCAAUCUUGAGCAAAGGAUGUCUGAACAAUUUUCAAAUAACUAUUUGUAAAGUUAAUAAAAGGUAAAAGUGUAA